UAUAAGUACUUUUAUAAGGGGUAUGAUUAUGCAACGUUGAAACUGUAUAAAGAAGACGAAAUAGCGCAAUAUAUUCAUGGACGUUAUCUCGCCGCAUCUGAAGCCUGUUGGAGAUUUUUUGAAUAUGGAAUGACCCGACGCGAGCCAACAGUUAAGCGAUUUCCGGUUCAUUUACCUGAUGGAAAUAUGGUUGUUUUUCGAGAAGGAGAGGAAUCAUCAAUUCAAAACGCUUCUGAGCGGCUAUCAGAUCUGGAACGUUAUUUUUCACGGCCCAAUGACGAGCUGUUUGACUCUCUGAAGUAUCUUGAGUAUUAUGAACGCUACGAAGUAACAAAUCGUAAAUUUCCUGCACGAGUGGCGCAACAUCUGCGGUUUCGAGACCAAUGCGGAGACAAAUCACGGAAUGUUUUUCAGUUGUUGAAACCUAUCGUAUGCCGAAUGGAUGUUAAACUGCUACGGCAUGGGGAAGUGUGGUAUCUUCGUCUGUUACUACAACAUAAAGCCGCCCGUUCUUUCGAGGAAUUAUUAACCGUAGACGACGUCAAGUCUUCAUCUUUUGCGCAAGCUGCGCAGUUAAUGGGACUUCUGGAAAAUUCCAGCGAAGCCCACAUCUGCAUGGAGGAAGCAGCGAAGAGGUUAUGUUCCCCUUACCAGCUUCGCACACUUUUUUGUUUGCUUACGAAUGACGGUGCACCAGCAUUAGAAUUAUUUGAAACACACAAAGACUACAUGGUCAAAGAUUUCCAGGUUUCGCAAAAGCUUAGCGAAGAAGAAGCUUUGGAAGUUUUGCUACACGAACUGUCAGAGCGCUUUGAAAGUUUUUGUAAAUCAUUAGGAGAUUUCGGGCUGCCGGUUCCGAAGCGGAAGCUGAGUGAAAUUACGAAAGAAACUAUGCAGUUUGAUGCCAAAACGUGUGCUGCUGAAGCAACAGAAAGUAUUGAAAAACUGAAUGAUGGACAACGGGGAUUUUUUGUUUCCGUUUUAACCAACGUCGAGAAUGGUACAGGAGGAGCGUAUUACUUGGAUGGUGGGCCCGGGCGCGGAAAAUCCUUCCUUCUUAAAACUGUUAUCAAUUACUUCCGAGGAAUGAAGAAAAUCGUAUUGUGCUGUGCGAGCACAGGUUUUGUUGCGGUUAUGUACGAUGGAGGUCGCACUGCCCACAAUUUGUUCAGACUUGACGUGUACUGGCGUCCCUUAGUACACAUCGGUACUACUUUACUACUUCUACCCCUACUACUAAGGCCUAGGCUUUACUACAACUUCUACGCGAGUCAUGACCGCGACUCCGAGUAUCGACUUCUUAGAAAUCCCCAGCAGAGAACUUUGACCGCGACUUGCCAUUUCGACGUGACCGCGCUUCGAUGACGUAGCUCAACCUAUUGUUCUAGUGUAUUAGUUGACCUCAUGUUCUCAUUUGUCCACGUGUAGUGAUGCAGCGGUGUGAUUAGUCCACGUGUCCUCAGAUGUCUCUUAUUGGCUAGAGUUUAUAUCCCUAUUGUUCCUCAGACCCGUACCUGCGCGUACGAAGAGCCAGCACUUGCGGUGCCCAGGGCUAUAUAAGGCGCUCGUCGCCCAGUGAAAUGUCAAGAGUUGUAAUCCCAACAAAAGUAGA